CACAGAACAUUUCAAUUUCAUAACAUUGUUCGUGAUGUUGUAAUCUGUAACUCUUUUAAUUUCAUGUUGAAAUGUAAUAUCAGCUAAAUUUAGAUUCAACAAGUUUAGUUUAAUUAAUAUUUUAUUAAUAACAUAAUUGUUGUAAUUAUUUUUAUACAUCACAUUCGCAGUGCUCUAGUGUCUGUACUACUUCAGUAUUUAUGAAUGUGAAAAUUACCAUGAAUAUUUCAGUGAAAUCUGAUAAAGUGUAUGGAAAAGUGGUAUAUAAUUAUGGUUACUAACGUUAAUUAAUGCUUAUUGCUUAAACAGUGCAGCAUGUUAUUAAUGUUUGCUUGAUUUCAUAAUACUAAGUUUGAAAGUUUUUGUGUUUUUCUUAUUUGUUUCUGUACUACGAAUUGGACGGACAUUGAAUCUGGGCAACAGGAAGUCUGACUAGAGACCGUAUUAAUUAGUAUUCCGUAAAUAGUUCUUGACUUAAAGUUAAGUAAGUAAACCAUGAAUUGUGUGUUUCGUAAUGCUUUGCCAUUUGUUACAAUGGGUCGAGUUGUAAAGGGAUUUGGAAGAGGGAGUAAAGAAUUGGGUAUUCCAACUGGCUUACCAUUUUUUAUUGUGGGACAAGUAAUAAAGCAAUUCAGAAGAGGACAAAGAGAAUUGGGCUUGCCAACUGCAAAUUUCUCAGAGGAUGUAGUGGAGCACUUGCCUAAGGAACUAGAUUGUGGAAUUUACUGUGGAUGGGCCAAAGUUGACAGUGGACCAGUUUACAAAAUGGUGAUGAGUAUAGGUUGGAAUCCAUACUACAAGAAUACAAAGAAGUCAAUAGAAACCCAUAUUCUUCAUGAAUUCAAAAAAGAUUUUUAUGGUUCCAUGUUAAAAGUAGCAAUCCUUGCAUACUUGAGGCCUGAGAAAAACUUUUCAUCUCUAGAAGAACUGAUUACAGCCAUCAAAUCGGAUAUCCAAGCAGCUGAUAAACUUUUGGAGCAGCCAGAGUAUCAAAUCUUCAAGGAUAAUUCAUUUUUCCAAGACAAAAAUGGGCAAAAUAAUAAAUAUAUAAAUGGUCAUAAAACAUAACAGUUUAACAGGUUAGGUGAAUCAAAUGAAAUAUGGGCUGGUAGAGUGGGUUUGAUAAUAGGUACACCAGGGACAAAGAUGGUAUUAUUUGUGUGUGUGUGUACCAAGGAUCUGAUGUAAUUUUCCUCCAGGUUAUGUGAUGCUAAUAUAUUUAAGGAGAUUAUCAGGAUUUAAAAAUAUAGGUAUUAUAUAUACAUAACAUUUUGCAACUUGUCAAAUAGAAAGGCUUUUAGUUAUAUUUCUUAAUAGUAUAAAUGUAUACUAUGUUGUUGUUGUUGGG